GUUAUCAAUAAUAAUUAUGUUAGAAAUGUAAAAUGAACCACUCGUGCUUUCGGACGUCAGAUAUUUAUCAAGUUUAAUUUUGUUUCUUUAUUCAAAAAUACAAUCCAUUGGCGAAAUAAGGCGCUAGAGGUUUCGACCAAGAUGUAUUUUUAAAUCGAUCAUUCCAGGAGAAAAUUAUAAAGUCAGAUGGAUAAAUUUGCUAUUGAUCUUGAUAAGGUAUUGGAUGAUUUUGAAGAAAGUGAAGAUAGGGCAGUGCAAUUGGAUCAAAAAGCAACUAUUAAAGAUGAUUUAGUGUUAAAAAAUAAUUUAGAAUGUGUGCAAAAUAUCAAUUUUGAAAAUAGACUCUACAUUUCACAUAAUGUGUGUGACUAUCAACAGCUAUACAAAGAUCACACAGAAAAAUUAGACUUAUCUGAAGCUGACUUUGCUUCUGCUUUGAAACCAUCCACAUUACUUUCUCUACCCAUUCAUCAUCAUAAUAGUUUGUCUCAGGUUGAUAUUAAAACAAAACCAUUCCAGAAUAAUUCAGAAAAAACACAUUUUAGCAAUGAUAGUUUUUCUGAUUUUAAUAGAUGGACUAAAGAUUUGAAAGAUUCUUCAAUAAAUAAUAUUUCUGACAGCACGAAGGAGUCUGACAAAUAUUUUACAAAUGGCUAUGUUCAAAAUGAAGAAAUGUUAUGCAUAUCUGUUCAAAAUACAACUAAUGAUAACAAUGAUAGUUUUUCUUCUUCAGAUAUUAAAAUUCAACUUUUGCCUUCAUUUUCUACUGAACAUUUCAAACCCGAGAAUGACCAAAAUGAAAAUAUGCAAAAUUCAAAUAAUGAUAAUGAAGAAAACUGCAUGUUGAACAAUGAAAAUCAGAACUGUAAAUCUGUAGAUACAAAUUUUAAUGAUUCUGUAGAUAAUCUAGAAGAAAACAUUUCAGAAACUUGUACCGAAGAAUAUGAAGAAAAAUGUUGUAAUGUGGAUGCAAUUGAAUCUAAAAAAAAUGAAGCUGAAAAAAUUGAUGAUGAUGAUGAUGAUGAUGAUGAUGCUAAAGAGAGAAAGAUUGAUUGUAAAUGCAAAACAUUAGAACUUGUGGAAUCUGUAGCAUCUGUGGAAAAACCUCAAUUACAUUUGAAUGAAGAUGAAACACAAAUCUCUUCUUCAAAUGUAACACAAGAUAGGGAAUUAAAUGAAAAUAAUAUAAUAAAUAAUAAUUUAGAUAUGAAAUCUAAUAAUACAGAAAAAAAUAAUAUUUCUCCCAAAACAAUUGGAUUUAAGGAUGUUGAAGCAGAUUAUGAAGAUGAUAUUGAUAUUGAAGAAGUAGAUUGUUAUCUUAAAGAUAUUUUAAAUGAAGAUAAUUCUGAGAAAGAAAAUCUAAAGAUGGAUUCAUCUAUGGAAUCUUCAGAAAAUAAUAAUGAUCAGGUAAUAGAAUCAUGUGAUUUAACCUUGUUUAAAGAAAGUAAAUUUGAAUGUAUAUCAAAUGAAGAAAUAAGAGAAAAAUCACAAGUGAAUUUAGAAGUAUCUAGUCCUUGCAAAAAAUCAACAGAGGAGAUUGAAAAUGAGAAUUUUUCAGAAAUUAAAGAUACAUCAAGUGAAAAUAAAGAUUUGCUUCAUAAAGAAGAAAUGGGAGCAAAACCAAAAUUUAUGGUUCCUAAUACAUUUGAAAAUACAGAAUCAUUUUGUAAUGAACAAUUUGAUAAAGAAUUAUGUAAUACAGAAUUAUCUCCUGCUAAUAUGUCUAAUAUUGAAAUUACUCAUGAUAAUUUUGAUCAGAAAUUUUCAGAAGAUUCUAUUUCAUCAUUAAAAAUUAUAGAUAAUGACAAAAAUAUAUCAGAAAAGUCAUUAUGUAUAGAUGAAAGUGGAGAAAUCUGCCAGACUUAUGACAAAAAUGGAAAUUUAACAAAUCAGAUUGAUGAAAUGAACUCCACUACAGUUUUGAGAAAUGGAUCCUUUGAUGAAACAAAUACUCCUGUGCAACCAGCUCGUUUACCCAGGCCUACAACAUUGAAUCUUCCAGUUCGUGUAUCUAUGCGGCCACAAGUUCCUACUGAUAUAGAAAAUUCAUCCAAUGAUAAAACACCUGAAAGUAUAGAUAAUGAUGAUAAUGAAACACACUCCCAACCUAUAAAUCCUAGAUCUGCUAUUGAAGAAAGAGUAUUUAAUAGUAUAUCAUAUAAGUUAACUGUUGCCAUGUUGACUGGAACAUCCAAAGUCCACGAGGUGUUGUGUUCCCAAUGUUGCAAUCAGAAAACUCGUCUUCCUCAUUUAGAUAAUAAAGAGGCUAGGGUAUGUCAACACUGUCUUGCUGUUUUAGUUCGAGUUCAAGAAUGGGAAAGAUUGUCCAACAACAACACACCUUCUAGUCCAAGUUCUGGUGGAAGUAGUCCUAGUUUGACACCUUCUUUACAAAAUGGAUCAAAUUCUCCAGGUUUAAUUUCCAAUAAUCAAGAAAAUUUGGGUUGGUGGCCACCCAAUCCAAAUAAUCCUCAAGAAUAUUGUUCGACAAUCUCACCAUUACAACAAGCUCAACCUUACUUAAAUUGUCCACCUCCAACAGUUUUGGUUCCAAUUGGUGUUUUAAAAAGAGGGAUGAUAAAUCUUAUUACUAGAGAUAAGAAAGUAAAUUUUAAAAAUGUUAUCUUAAAUCCAAUAUUAUUAGCACUGACUGUACCCGUGAAAAAUAAUACCAGAACUAUUUAUUGGAAAUUAUAA